CACAGUAUUGUGGCAACGUUACCUUGCAGCAAAGUGUUGCCACAGCUUACCUGGUCACAAGAAAUCCCUACAGGAUACAUGUCCAACAAAACAUGGCAUUUUCGGAUUUGUAAUUACACAAAACCAGACUACAAGACGUGCUUCAUAAAUAAGCAGGUAUUGAUCUUCGGUGACUCCAAUGGCCGUAGUCACUACUAUAAUGUACAAGCACACUCUAACUGUACUGAAGUCAAGAAAGCAGAGACCAGACACUGGCACAAACCUCUCCUGUGUGAGCACAAAGCAAACAACUUUUCGGUAUUCUGGGGUCCCCAUGCCAAUCCGUUUUCGAAUGGAAAUACAGUUUCACAAAUAAACGACCUUGUACCAACAUCUAAAGCCAUUGAUGAAAUUCCUUCCCAGGGCCACUAUCUCAUUAUUAUGACCCAUUACUAUCAUUUCACCGCAAGUCAUAUUAGUUCUGCUGAAAUCAUGUUUCGGAGCAUUAAGGAAUCGUUGGUCCGACUGCUCAAACGCAACCCAAAUGUCCAAGUACUUUUACAGGGCCCCCAUGUGGCGUGGCGAGGCUGGGCCGAACACUACGCGGCCGGGGACAUGUUAGGCACAACCAUAAUGGAGAUGCAACGGGAAAUAUUUCAUGACAUCAGAGAUAGAGUUGUGUUUUACUCCCCCUGGGAUAUCACUAUCGCCGUUGAGAACCUCGAUUAUCAUCCAUCGAUCAACAACGAUAUUUUUCACAUGAUUUUUGCUUUCUUGUGCGGGAGGUAG